AUGGAAAAUGGGAGAGCUCAUACCUUAACAGUCUUGUUCAUCCUCACGUGUGCGCUGGGCUACGUAACCUUGCUUGAAGAAACACCACAAGAUACAGCCUACAAUACAAAGAGAGGUAUUGUUGCCAGUAUUUUGGUUUUCUUAUGUUUUGGAGUUACACAAGCUAAAGAUGGACCAUUUUCAAGACCUCAUCCAGCUUACUGGCGGUUUUGGCUGUGUGUCAGCGUUGUGUAUGAGCUCUUCCUCAUCUUUAUACUCUUUCAGACGGUACAGGAUGGCAGGCAGUUCAUGAAGUACAUUGAUCCACAUUUAGGUGUUCCUUUGCCGGAAAGAGACUAUGGUGGAAACUGCCUUAUUUAUGAUCCUGGCAAUGAAACUGAUCCAUUUCACAACAUCUGGGACAAACUGGAUGGAUUUGUUCCUGCUCACUUCUUUGGCUGGUACCUGAAAACAUUGAUGAUUCGAGACUGGUGGAUGUGUAUGAUCAUCAGUGUAAUGUUCGAGUUUCUGGAGUACAGUCUGGAACACCAGCUUCCAAACUUCAGCGAAUGUUGGUGGGAUCACUGGAUAAUGGAUGUGAUCUUAUGUAACGGAUUAGGAAUUUACUGUGGGAUGAAGACUCUGUCUUGGCUUUCUUUGAAAACAUACAAAUGGCAAGGACUUUGGAACAUUCCUACAUACAAAGGUAAAAUGAAGAGAAUUGUCUUCCAGUUCACCCCAUAUAGCUGGGUCAAAUUUGAGUGGAAGCCAGCAUCCAGCUUACGCAGAUGGCUAGCAGUUUGUGGCAUAAUCUUUGUAUUUUUAUUGGCAGAGCUGAACACGUUUUACUUGAAGUUUGUCCUUUGGAUGCCACCAGAACACUACUUGGUCCUGUUACGACUUGUCUUUUUUGUCAAUGUGGGAGGUGUGGCUAUGAGGGAGAUCUACGACUUCAUGGAUGACCCGAAGUUCCAUAAGAAGUUGGGUCAGCAGGCAUGGCUGGUUGCUGCUAUUACUGCCACGGAGUUUCUGAUUGUCGUGAAGUAUGAUCCCUAUACACUCACGCUUUCUCUUCCUUUCUACAUUACCCAGUGCUGGAUCUUGGGGAUUAUACUUGUGCUCACCUGGACAGCCUGGCGUUUCUUCAUUCGUGACAUCACUUUGCGGUAUAAGGAGAUAAGGCGACAGAAGCAAGAACACAAAUAUGAAAAGGACAAAUGCUUGAGCAAUGGUGAUGGACACUCAUCAAUCCUGGAUGAACAAAAUGGGAACAACCUAAGGGAGAGGAAACUUUGAGCAACAGACAAAGGGCUGAAAGAAACUCGUAGUGCUCAAGUUGGCCUGGUGGAUGGUUUCAACCUUAUCCUACCUAACUUGUAAUUUUCAUUGUUAGCUUUCCAAUGUGUGAAAAUCCUCUCGGGGAAAAGAUGUCACGUUGACAUACACACCCUUUCUCCUGAUGUACACCUAGUCAGAGUCGGAGAAAGUCUGUGUAGGGGGAAGUCAGAACCAACACCGUUGCAACGAUACGGGAUCUUCAUGCGAGUGUGUUGUAUGUCUUCCUUGAAAACAAGGUUUGGAGACAAGGGGCUUGAAAACAAAGCGCAAAGGGAAUCUAGCUGAUCCAUUUCCACUAUACUGUGAGAUUU